CGAACAAUGUUGUCUAAAGGUGAACAUCAAUCGGUCACACUGUCUGUAUUGCUGAAGCGGGAACUAGCCCAAAAGAAGAUUGAAAGACCCGAUAUUUCUCAUGGUCAAGCUAAUCAGAUCAAGAAAGGAGAAGACUUCACCUUCCUCAAGCCCAAAUGCCAACGGGUUUUGGGAGAUGAAGUCACUCCCUUUUCGGUUUUUGGGUUAUUUGAUGGAAUCAAUGGGUCGGCAGCCGCUAUCUAUACUAAAGAGAAUCUAUUGCAGAAUGUAUUGAGUGCUAUUCCCGCAGACGUUAAUAGAUAUGAGUGGGUUGCAGCAUUACCUAGGGCUUUGGUUGCAGGAUUCGUCAAGACAGACAAAGAAUUCCAAGAAAAAGCACAAAAAUCAGGGACAACGGUCACAUUUGUUAUAAUUGAAGGAUGGGUUGUAACAGUUGCAUCAGUUGGUGAUUCUCUGUGUGUAUUGGAAUCUGCAGAAGGGGGAAUUUAUCAUCUAUCAGCUGAUCAUAGACUAGAGUGCAAUGAAGAAGAGAGGGAACGCAUAACAACAAGUGGUGGAGAGGUUGGUCGGCUUAAUACUGGUGGUGGUACACAGAUUGGUCCAUUGAGAUGUUGGCCUGGUGGAUUAUGCCUCUCACGAUCCAUUGGUGAUAUGGAUGUUGGCGAGUUCAUUGUUCCUGUACCCUAUGUAAAACAAGUGAAGCUAUCUUCAGCAGGUGGAAGACUAGUAAUUGCGAGUGAUGGUGUCUGGGAUGCUUUGUCUGCAGAAAUAUCGGUCGAAUGUUGUCGUGGAAUGUCUCCGGAUGCUGCAGCUUGUCAAAUUGUUAAGGAAGCGGUGCAGCCAAAAGGAAUUCGAGAUGACACAACUUGUAUUGUGGUUGACAUACAGCCAUUAGAAAAGCCAAAUCCUCCCCAGCCACCACCCAAAAAGUCAGGGAAAAAAGUGUUUAAGUCUAUAUUUCGCAAGAAAACUUCUGAGUCGUGUUCUAAUACUGAGAGAGAUUAUGAUGAACCAGAUGUGGUUGAAGAACUAUUUGAGGAAGGAUCUGCGUCACUUUCUGACAGAUUAGAUGCUAAAUAUCCAAUUUGCAACAUGUUUAAGUUAUACAUCUGUGCCAUUUGUCAAGUAGAAAUAAAGCCUGCAGAAGGUAUUUCAAUACAUGUUGGGUCCUCCAAUACAAGAAACUUUCGUCCGUGGGAUGGCCCUUUCAUUUGCUCAAGCUGUCAAGAGAAGAAAGAAGCCAUGGAAGGAAAAAGACCUUCCAGAAAUGGAAGAUAUAGCAGUGACAACGACUAG